UUACUUUCGUGGAUUAGAGGAUAUUGAAAGCGAAAUGAAUAGUUCAAACCACCGCGUACAUAAACAGUGUUUGAGAAUGCCUCUCGUUGUGUUUGAGAAAUUUACUAUGGAGAUUAAAAAAGUAUAUAAACCUGAUGGACGGGCUAAUGUAGGAGUUCACGAGAUGCUAUAUAUGUGGCUCACCUUCGCAGGUCAAAAAAUGACACAGGCGUAUUUGGCUCGAAUAUUUCGACGGAGUACACAGAAGGUGUUCAAUGGGAUAAGAAAUGCAAUAUACUACAUUAAUCUGGCGCUCUACAAAAAGUAUAUUGUUAUGCCUACUAAAGGCACCCCGGUACCAUCCAAAAUAAGAAAUAACACUCGC